AUGCUCAUGCGCCAAAUCUCCUCCAAAGAAGACCCCGACCUCUUCACCACCAUGUCUUCAUCCGGAGCCAUCACCAACGGUACCACCACCAACGGCGCCGGCGUCACUCCCACAGCACCCGCAGUCGAAUACCACCCACAAACUGACGAAACUUUCAACAAUGACAUCGAAAACAGCAACACAACACUAGACGAUGUCUGGGGCGACGAUGGCGAUGGUGACAACGAUAAUGAUGACGUCUGGGGCGACGGCGACGAUUCACACUCUCAUUCUCAUUCCCACGAAAACUGCAAUCACCAGCACUGCCACACAUCACAAGCGCGAGGCGGCCACGGCCACAGCCACGGCCAUCCUUCCGACAUCCCCCGCCUCCAACAGGAACACACAACAGCUGGCUACCGCGAUGGCAUCACCGUCGCCAAAGCCGAGCACGUACAAGCGGGCUUUGACGAGGGGUUCGGGCUGGGAGCGACGAUUGGAGCGGUGGCGGGGCAGUUGUUGGGGGUUUUGGAGGGGUUGAGUUUUGCUUGUGUUUCUUCUUCGGCGAAGGGGGAAAAGAAUGGAAAUGGAAAUGGGAAUGAGGAUGAGGAUAUCAAGGACAGGCUCAAAAAGUUGCUGGCCGAAGCAGAAAAGGAUCUCAGCGUAACAAGUAUCUACGGAAAGGAGUACUGGGAUGAGGACGGCACGUGGAGGUAUGAAGUACCUGGGGAGUCGAGGGAGAUGCAUGAGCGGUAUCAACAUCCUGAGCGAGAGCAUGAGACACAACAACAACAAUACCAACAGGGGGAUCAAGAGGACGACAACAAAGAGGAGGACCAAAAGGAGGAGGAAGACGGAAAAGAAGAAGGAGAAAUCCUCUUCCCCGAUGUUGCGCUAGCGCACCCACUCAUCAAGAAGUGGAAUCAGAUUAUUAGAGAAGAGCUGGCGGAGAGGUUUGGGUUGGUUUGGGAUGUUGCGUUGUUGUUGCCGAGGAGCGAGGAGGAUGAACAUGAGGAGGGUCAUGAACAUGGUCUUUUUGCAGCGAAGGGAGGAGAGGACAAGAAGGAUGCGAAGCCGGUCAAGGCGACGAGUCAAGCGUUGGCUUGGUAG